GACUUAACUGCAACAUAAUUAACCGUUAAUUUUAUUUUUGUUUGUUUUUUCAUUUGAAAAAGAGUUUCUGUUAACUGAUUCAAAUUGUGAUUAUCAUUGAAAACAGUAUUUGUGAGAUAUAAACAACAAAAACCACUGAACAGACAGACAGACAGACCGACAGACCGGGACUAAGUUUCUAGUGAUGUGUGUCUACAGACUGUUUGAAUAUCUGUUGAGACACUGUUGCUGUUGUUGUUAUCAACGCAAAAGUGAGUCAAUGAAGACUAAAACCAAACAACAAAAACAAUAUCAGAAACAGUGUUUGCAAUUGUCGGCUAAAAAUCGUGAAAAUAUUACACCAAAAGACAGUCCGGAUAAAAUCAAGACAGAGGAGAUGUCCCAACAGUAUCGGAUACCGCAAGAGUAUCCGACUGAAGAGGCCGUAAUCGAAAACAUUGGAUAUAAGAGACUGAAUGAGUUGGGCGAAGGAUCUUUCGCUACUGUUUAUAAGGCCAAACAUAUCGAGUCGGGAACACUGGUGGCCAUCAAACGAAUACCGAUUCGGCGUACGUUUUACCAAACAAGCGACACAACCAAAACUGCAACGUUCGACCUCAAGAACGAACUGUACAUUUUGGCCACAGUCCGUCACCCGCAUAUUGUCCAACUGAUCCGGCAUUUUAUUGUAGCCACAGAUAAUACGUUUACACUUUAUAUAGUGAUGCCAAUAGCAGAGGGGGGUUCGCUAUCCGAUUAUCUCAAACAAAAGGUUUCGUUUCCCGAUAAAAGGUGUCAAACGUUUUUGUCUCAAAUUAUGAAUGCAUUGUUGUUUAUGAAGACCAAACACAUUGCACACCGGGAUCUGAAAUUGUCGAAUAUUUUAUUGGACGCCAAACGUGAUGUACUUAUAACUGAUUUCGGUCUGAGCCGUGUUUUAUGGCGCGAGAGUAUUCAAGGUGUAAAAGAGUCGACCACUCUAUGCGGUACUCCUCAAUAUAUGGCCCCCGAAUUGUUUGCCAAAUAUGCCAAAGACAAGAAUCCAUUGAAAUAUAACGCUCACGCCGUCGAUGUCUGGGCUGUUGGGGUCAUACUGUUUAAACUGUGUACCGGUAUAUAUCCAUUUCCUAAUGACAAGAAACGGGCGUUGCGUCACAUGAAUGAAAGAAAAAUAAGAUUCAAAGGUGAUGUCAAAAACAUGUCUGAAAAGAUUCGGGCAUUCCUUCAUAAAAUCUUUACACCCGACCCAAUACAAAGGCCGCCACUCGAAGAACUUGUCAAAGACGAGUGGAUUAGAGUUGAAUACAACAAACAACAGAUUCUGAUCAAUGAUUAUAUGAAGAAACUUAUUGUUAAAACAAAUGAAAACGUCGACCAAAACAACAACACGAAAGACAACAACAUAUCUAUUAGUGGACAACAAAAGUGAAGAGUUAUUAUUGAAUG